CAGCGUCACGUGGCGUUACCGCCCCCACCCCCUUUCUUCACCUGUUCACAGUCACAAGCACCAUGUCGGCUCCCUCUACAAAUCCCAGCAUGAACUCCAGUGCUGUGGUUUUCCCGGCUCCUCGGAUAACCUUACCUCUGGGAACGUCGGUUCUGCAAACCUAUUCCGGAGGCUUCAUUUGUUUGGAGAUUUUGUUCGGAGGGUUGGUGUGGAUUCUGGUCGCCUCAUCUAAUGUCCCAGUGCCUUUGAUGCAAGGCUGGGUGAUGUUUGUAUCCGUCACCAUGUUCCUGUGCUCGAUCCUGUAUCUGUGUGUAUAUCUGUGCGGACUGGCAGACCGACUGGAUACCGACUGGAAUUUGGUGGAUUUUGUCUAUCAUUUUGUUGCCUUCGUAUUCUACUUUGGAGCAUCAGUCCUUGAAGCUGCAACAACAGCUGCAGCUGUAGAACGCGAGUCCAUCAAUGCAACUACAGCUAUUUUUGUAACAGUUCUAGAUUUUCGGCAGUACACUAUAAAUGUUGUUGCUACGAUAUUCUCUUUUGUUGUUACUCUGUGCUACGCAUGCAGUUUGGGUCUUGCUUUGAGAAGAUGGAAGCUGUAAAUUGCAAAUAUGAACUGUCCGGAAAGGUGUGAAUGGCUGGUUUCGUUAUCAUUGGCACAAAACUUUCAAACAACGAUGGAAGAUGCUUCCCAAGAGAAGAGUGGCCCUUUUCAUAGGCCAAUUCUGUUUUAUACUGAAGUAUUUUGGCAGCAGUAAUGGCUUUUGUUCAUAAAAUAGCUUUUUUAUGAUCAUUUUCAGUGUUAAGUUCAAAAGUUUGAGAUAGGAAAUUAAAAUAGUUUCCAGUUUAUCUGAAAGUUGGGUGCUGAGUAUGUUAUCCAAAUAUUUAUAGUUUUCACAAAAUAUUCUAAUACUAGUCAUAGCAAGAGCUCAUUUAUUGUAAAGCUUAAUCCAGGCAAAUAAAAAGAUCCAAAGGGAUUAGAUGAACAAAUUCAGACUUCGUAUCUAUCCAUUAUUUGGUUGUGAACACUCCCCAUUUCUUCAUGUAAAUAAUUUUCAUUGACAAUACUAUAAUUAUGACUGGUCACAAUAAGUAAACAUUUUCCUAAUUUUGCAUAGUUUGCAUAAGUACCCAUUUGUAUUUUCAUAACUAUUGUAUGUACUGCAUAUAAUUAACAUACAACAGUUGAAUCUGAAUACAGAGUAAGUUUUUGCAAAACAAGAUUCCAAUUAUAUUUUCGUUCUACAAUUGUCUAUAGUUUUCUCAUAAAAAAGAUUCUCCAUAUUUAACCAAGUGUCUGUUUCAGGAAUAGCCUUGUGUGUAUUGGAUAUGUUGGGUUUAAAGUAGUUUUGCCAAAUGUGAUCUGUGACCCAACAUCAGGUGAAUUGAUGUUGUCCUUGACCUAGUUAAGUUUUCUGAAUUUAUUUUUUUUUAAAAUGAACUUUCAUACAAAUCAACAACAAAAGUCUUUUAAAAUGCACAAGUUUGACAAUUGAAUUCUAGCUUGCUGCAAAUUUUUUAAAAACUGGUUGAUAUACCAUAUAUCGAAAAUAGUUUCCUUUAAAUUUCUAUAACAGGUUAGAGCUGUGGCCACAGAUCAUAGGAAUAGCUUUCCAAGUCCAUAGCCAGUGAAGAAUCCUAUCCAUAGGCAAUGCGAACCAGGAGUUUCAGUACCACUGGCCAUGAUUUUCAUGACCUGUAUCUGAAUUUCCCAUUUGUACUGCCAGAAUUCAGUAUUUCCCGUUGACAGCACAGAUGAUUAAAUUGUCCCCUUCAGAGAAAGAAACCACUGAAUAAUAGCAGUUUUAUGAAUAAAAUCAAACUUCGUUUUUUUUUUCUCCCUUCAGGUUUUUAUUUGACCAAAAUUACAGAUUGCAGUCCCUUGUUCUAUCAGGAAAGUAUGUAUUUGUCAUAGUCAUGGAGAUCUACUCAUCCAGUCACCUGAACAAAUAUUAAUCAGUUACCAAGUGACUCAGCUUGGUUAAACUUAAUUUAUUGCAUUUCUCUCAAAUGAUUUUUAAUGGAGGUGAAUGGAAACUGUCCAUCUGCCCACACAAGUUAACCAUCACCCAAAGUGCUAUUGUCAAUUUCUAAUAGUUUACAUGUUCUUCUGAUUUUUUUUUUCUAUUGGUUUCCUUGGGUGUUGAAAAACUUGCACUGAAUAAAGGUAGUAAUCCACAAAACCUCUCCUGAUGUUUAUGGGCACUUUCUUUAUCUCACUACUUAUUAUCAAAAGUGAUCUGCUUUGCAGGGAGUCUUUUAUUUAAGCCUUCAUUCUGGCUGUUGGUGAAUUACUUUGUACAUGAGUUUAGUCAGGGAUCACAAAACUCAGCAGUAUGUUCAUAACUUCCAAUAACACUGCUCACCAGUUGCAGCAAUUGAAAAAUUAAGUUCCCCUUUUGGAAAAAGACUGUAACAAUUCUAGCUGCCACAAUUUCUUUUAAACUUCAAUAGAUGUGAGGUAAACACUACCACUGAAGUGUGUUUAUUCAUAAUACUUCAUGUAAACCCCAGAAACUGCUUCUCUAAUUUAAAAUGACAAUUUAUUUCAUGGAGCUGACUAACCAUUUUUAUAUAGACAAUAGGUAAUUAGCCAGAAUCCACAAAGGACAAUGGGCAUAUCUCUCCAUUAGAGAUAAUUGGUUACUUAUACCUCAACAGUGUGACCAUUUAAAAAUUGAGACUUGCCAUGAGGGUGGCGGAGCGCGAUGUCCACAGUGGGUGGAGGCAAAGGUGUGGCCAAUGCAAAGUAUGGGGCUCUCCAUUGGUUAAAAAGUUCUCUGGUUGAAAAGGAGGCCCAUAUAAACUGUGCUGGCAAGAUCUUUGCCUGUCUUUUGUCUGCAGUUCACCUCAGGCUGAUGAGAUGGGUCGGUGCAUCCAGUACCUUUGCUAGCUCUGCAUCUGGAGAGGAAAUGGCAGAAGCUGGCCCAGAGCCAGGUGUGACAAUAGCCAAAAUGCCAACGGGAGCACCAGAUGGUCAGGUAGCUCAGGGUGAUGGCAACCAAGGCUAGUGAGAUGCUAAACUUUAAUGCAUAUUUAAAUAUACCGCAUAUGGAUUAACUACCUGCAAAUGAGGAACGAUAUCAGAGACAGCUGAGGAUGUCAAGGGUUUCUGUUGCUCACCUCAGUUCCUAUGGAUUGGAUACCAGUAUCUUUAAAAUUCACUUGCAGCAUUGAGUUUCUACACCUCUGGGCCUUUCCAGAGCUUCAGGGGACUCAUGUGGCAUCUUGCAGUCAGCCACUUUGAUUCAUCAGGGAGGUCACCAAAGCCCUGUUCAGAAGAGCUAAUUGUUAUGAAAGUAUAAUUUGCAUACUAUUUUUCUGAUUUAUUGUAAAGUAGGUUUAUGGGUGAGAGUAUAGUUGGGUGCGUCUGAAAUUUAAUUACAUUUGGAAUCAGGUAGACUGCAAGCUUUGAACUAUCAAAAGAUGAGAGGUGUAGAAAUGUGCUUGAAAUGCUAAUGAGUAACUAUGAAUGCUGGCUUAGCAUGUAAGGUGUGAAGGGAAUUUGCAUUUUUGGAUAAGUGAAAUGAAAUCUAUUUUGGGUGUGUAACUGGGAAUCAGGUUAAUUAGGAAUUUUAGGAGGAGUUAUACAAGUAUGUAAUUGUAUCUUAUGUAUGUGCCUGAAAUCUUUUUUGUUAAUAAGUAUUUAAUUAAAAUCCUUCAAGUUCUUGGA